AUGACGGCGCCAAGUCUUUUUGAUCUUCCUUUAGAGAUCCGUCUCGACAUCUUCCGUUUAGUAUUUGGCCAGGGAAAGGUUGUUAUUCAGAACCCAGCGGAUGAUGACAGCUGCGCUCUGAUACCCCGGCGGGCACAUUUUGAGAACCACUCUUCGAGGUCAGCUCAACUCUUGAGGGUCAACAAAACAAUACUCCUGGAAGCCAGACCCAUCCUCUAUGCCAACACGGUCUUCCAUGUCAUGAACCACGCCUUUGCCGGAAAGUUGCCCACUCGGAUCACCGAUGGUCAUCUGUGUGCGCCGUAUAUCAAACAUCUGGUCUGGCAGCUGGAUUGCGACUUGCUGAAGCAUUUUUACCCUGAAGAUCUUCAACUCGACUUGGGUGAAGUGGCUCGCUGGAGCAGUCUGGAAAUCCGUUGUCGAGCUGAGACGUGGCGGAACUCAUUUCUGGGUGAAUGGUGUGAUCGCCAGGCUUUUGUGAGAGGGAAAGCCCAGGUCCUGGAGUAUGCGCAACUAUUUCACCAUGCCAUGCGCCGGGGCAAAGCAGGGAGAAUUGCCUUGAUAGAGGACCGUAGUCAACUGGGAAGGGGACGCAUCAUCGUGGGACUGAACAGCAACCGCGUGGCUUCAGAGCAGCAGCGAUCUUUGGACGACCUGUGUACCAUCGCCACUUACUGA